UGGAAAAUACCAGUGACCUUGUGUGUAAACACAGUGGUUACAAAUUAAGAAGGGGUGGUGUAAUAUCUAGAUACAUAAAAGGCUCAGCAGAGGUCCCCAAAAUACUGCUGUCUCUUCCUGAGGAAGACAAGCUGAAGAUGAGUGCUCUGGCAGCAGUUACUGCCCUCCUGCUCUGGGGACAGCUAUUUGCCGUGGACUUGGGCAAUGAUGUCGACAUUGCAGAUGACAGCUGCCCAAAGGCCCCUCAGAUUGCGAAUGGCUACGUAGAGCACUCUGUUCGCUAUCGGUGUCAGACAAACUACAGACUGCGCAGUGGAGGAGAUGGUGUGUAUACCUUGAACAGUGAGAAGCAGUGGGUGAAUGAGGCCGUCGGAGAGAAACUUCCUGAAUGUGAAGCAGUAUGUGGCAAGCCCAAGUACCCUGUGGAUCAGGUGCAACGCAUCAUUGGCGGCUCUCUGGAUGCCAAAGGCAGCUUUCCCUGGCAAGCCAAGAUGGUCUCCCGCCACAAUCUCAUCACAGGGGCCACACUUGUCAACGAACAAUGGCUGCUGACCACAGCCAAAAAUCUCUUCCUGAAUCACACAGAGAAUGCCAAUGCAGAUGACAUUGCCCCGACCUUGAAACUCUAUGUAGGGAGAAAUCAGCUGGUAGAGAUUGAGAAAGUCAUUGUCCACCCAAACCGCUCCAUAGUGGACAUCGGGCUCAUCAAACUGAAGGAGAAGGUGCCGGUCAAUGGGCGGGUGAUGCCCAUCUGUCUGCCUUCCAAAGACUAUGUGGAAGUGGGGCGCUUAGGUUAUGUGUCUGGCUGGGGGCGAAACAGCAACUUUAGGUUUACUGAGCGUCUUAAGUAUGUCGAACUGCCCGUGGCUGAUAAACAGAAAUGUGUGAUGCACUAUGAGGGCAGCACAGAGCCUGAAAAGAAGACUCCCAAGAGCCCCGUGGGCGUGCAGCCCAUCCUGAAUGAGCACACAUUCUGUGCCGGCAUGUCCAAGUACCAGGAAGACACCUGCUAUGGCGACGCAGGCAGUGCCUUUGCUGUUCAUGACCUGGAGCAGGACACAUGGUACGGGGUGGGGAUCUUGACCUUUGACAAGAGCUGCACAGUGGCAGAGUACGGCGUGUACGUGAACGUGCGAUCUGUCCUGGGCUGGAUUCAGGAAACCAUAGCCCACAACUAAGGUGAAGUUGGCUGGCAGUUGGCUCUCAGUGGGGCAGGCUAGAAGGUUUUGCCAGGCAGCAAGAUUUUCCCCUGGAAAGAAAGUGGACAGGAUGGGAUGUGGUGGGGAGCGAUGGCAUCAGCCUUGUCCUGUUGGGUCAGUCAAUAAAGAGCUUGCUUCUCUGUGCUGUUUGCAGCCUGG